AAAGGCGGGGGUCGAAGUGGUGGUGACAAUUGGGAGAGGGUGACGAGAGCACUAGAGAAGGCAUGUGGUACCACGAUGGGAACCCGAAUAAGAAUGGAUAAGAAGGCUCCAAAAGCCAGGCAGUACGUGAAGCCUUUGUCCCCUGGAAAGUCAGACUGGGAAACUGCGUUGUCGGAAUUUAAUACCGUAAUUGGAAGAGACGCUGAAAUUAGAGCUGGAAAAACUAUUCAGGGAAGUGUUUGGGAUACUUUGAAAUCUUCGCUACAAAAGAUUCAACGAGGAGAAAAACCGCCCAAAGGUUUUAGUUUGAUUCAUUCAAUGACAGUUGAAGGACAGGAAUGGUCGGUGAGUGUGCGAAGCAGCAGCGAUAAAAGGCCCACGAUGGAGUUUUAUCGAAAAGGUAUCAAAGGCAAAAUGCACGAUAAAUGCAUCAAGAUUCGUUUUGGCGGCAAACAGUCGUAAGGAGAGCAAACAUUAAUCAUAACUCAUAUUAAAUGCAUGCAGAUCUGCAAUUAGGCCAGAAAUGUGUCACCAAAUUCGAGCCGCCUUAAUCGACGUUGAUCAGUCUGAAUAAUACAAUAGACGUUGAUCAGUCCGAAUAAUACAAUAGACGUUGAUCAGUCUGAAUAAUACAAUAGACGUUGAUCAGUCCGAAUAAUACAAUAGACGUUGAUCAGUCUGAAUAAUACAAUAGACGUUGAUCAGUCUGAAUAAUACAAUAGACGUUGAUCAGUCUGAAUAAUGCAAUAGACGUUGAUCAGUCUGAAUAAUACAAUAGACGUUGAUCAGUCCGAAUAAUACAAUAGACGUUGAUCAGUCUGAAUAAUACAAUAGACGUUGAUCAGUCUGAAUAAUACAAUAGACGUUGAUCAGUCUGAAUAAUACAAUAGACGUUGAUCAGUCUGAAUAAUACAAUAGACGUUGAUCAGUCCGAAUAAUACAAUAGACGUUGAUCAGUCUGAAUAAUACAAUAGACGUUGAUCAGUCUGAAUUGCGAAGCCUAGCAAGUAAACACUGAUGCGUUUUGUGUACUCUAUAUUUAAACCGAAUUCGACGUAAAAACACUAAUUUUUACCGUAUUAUACUGCAUAGUUAUGAUCAAAUCAUUUAGUGUCGAAUGACAAUCACCAACAAGCUAUGAGAAAAUUUAAACACCAUUUGCUUUCGACUUAAAAGGCGAUUAUACUUUGAGUUAGACAUGUGCACUUAACUUUUUAUAUUUUUAUAUCAA